GCAUAUAAGUGUAUCGCUGCUUCUGUUUUUACGUCAGAUAAUGGGAAAAUCUAAAAGAAAACACCGACAGCGAGAAGAUAAAUUAUCUCGUAAACACCUUUUAGAACGUUUAGAAAAACUUGAAUCUUACUAUCGCCGAGGAACUUUCUCGCAGGCAAGGACAAACGAAAUUCCAUCACCUUCACUUAGAACAAGGGCGAGCCGCUCUCCUAUUUCCUCCUCGGCGACUAGGGCGUGUCGAGUUGGAUACAGCAGUCGCUCUCGACGCCGUAAAUCAAGCAGCUCUGUUUCCGCUACUUCAGAUGAAGAAGAUGGGUCCGCUUCUAAACGUUUUAGAUCUCGUUCACCGAAUUACAGUGCAGCCCGUACCCAGAGCGUUACGGCGGACACUAUUCGUGACUGGGGCGGUAGGCGCAGCAGAUCAAGUUCAGUAGCUUCCGAUCGUCACAGUGUAGCCCGUAUUCCAAGCAAUACGGCAGACACAAACACGGAUGCCCAUAACUUAAACGUUGUGGCUCCUUCACCAACGGGCCCGGUCUCUGAGGACGUUUUAGAGAUUGAAAACGAUGUUCAGCUCCCUAUGGAGGUUCUGGAGAUUUUAGGAAACGAUCCUAGUCAAAAGGAGACCUCAUCGCCUAACUUACACGCAGCCUUGGCAUCUCGUUGGACUUCUUUAGCGGCUUUUGGUUUGUCAAAAGAUGAGCAGAACGCUUUUGCGGACACCUAUACUACUCCAGCUAAUUGUUCUGCGUUAACCGCGCCAGCCUUGAAUCCGGAAACAAGGGCAAUCCUACCUUCUUCCAUUCAAGCCAAGGAUGCCGCUUACGUAAAAUUUCAGAGUAGCCUCAGCAACGGGAUUGUAGCUUUAGGGAGGGGGCUUGACAUAGUUCUUCGGGAAAACGAAAAUUUUCCCACAAACUGCAGGGAGAAUUUGCUCAAAAACCUCUCAGAUGCGGGCAAAAUAUUAGUAUCCUUUUUUCAUGAUCUGUCGAUUUCAAGGCGAAAGUUCAUAUUUCCAUAUAUGAACAAAAACACUAAAGACAUUCUUGAGCAAUGCCCCCCUACAAACCUACUAUUUGGCUCAGAUUUAGCGGAAAAGGUUAAAGCGGCGAAGCACAUAGAAUCCUCCGGUAAAGAUCUAAAAGCUUCUACGCCUCGCUCAAAUCCUAGAACUAGACCCCUUCUAUCAACGAAAAGGAGGGGGGGGGGCAGACAGCCGGAAUCGUCAUCCCCUCGCAAACAGCCUUACCUUGGUGGCCUGCAAGUUAUCCGGGAAGCAUUGAUAGCGAAAGGUGUCCCAGAGUGUGCUAUCACUACAACAGUGCGAUCCCUAACUGAAGCUACUAUUAAACAAUAUGGGUCUACAUAUAAGCUUUGGUGGACAUUCUGCGAUCAACACGACAUCGACCCCUUUAAAGCAGACAAAGGGCAAGUCAUUACCUUUUUUCAAAACUUGCUAGACCAAAGUGACAACAAAUAUGGUUCUUUCAAUUCCCAUCGAGCGGCACUCUCCUUGAUAUUACCUGGCAAUAUAGGAGAAGACUCCUUAUUCAAAAGGUUCAUGAAGGGCAUCGCACGAGCGAGACCUCCCAAACCCCGAUAUGAUUUCACGUGGGAUCCAACACAGGUACUAGACUACCUUGAGAACAGUCCCGGAGACUCCUUAAAACAUCUCUCACACAAAUUGGUUACCCUACUGACUCUAGCAACAGGUCAACGGCUACAAACAAUCUCUUUGAUUAAAUUAUCGGAAAUAAAAACCCACGAUGGAGGACUCCAGAUUUUUAUUCCUGAUCAGGUAAAAACAACCGGUGUAAAUAGGCGACAACCAUGUCUGGAAAUUCCAAUCUUCGAAGAAAAACCACAAUUGUGCGUCGUGUCGACCUUAAGAAAAUAUAUGGAAGUAACUCAGGAGUUGCGACGUACAAACGACAAUCUGCUCCUCACCCUUACUAAACCCCAUCGCUCGGCAAGCAAGGAAACUUUGAGUCGUUGGGUGAAGGAAACUUUAACAUCAGCAGGCAUCGACACAACUAUUUUCAAGCCACACUCAACCCGCCACGCUUCAACUUCGGCCGCCUGCAGGCGCGGGCUAUCAUUAGAUAUUAUUCGAACCGCGGCUGGUUGGAGCGAGAAAUCAACAACGUUUGCCACCUUUUACAAUCGGCCAUUGGUCAAGAAGGGAGAAUUUGCUCGCGUCGUGUUAGCUUGA